CACACCAUUCUCUCUAUUCUCUCUCACAUAUUUAGCUAGUCUUACUCUUGGGAAUGGCGAAAGACGUUGGGGUUGGUGGCCAUGAUUACACUGCAAGAGAUUACCAAGACCCUCCACCGGCAGACCUUUUUGACGCCGAGGAACUCACCAAAUGGUCCUUUUACAGAGCCAUCAUUGCCGAGUUCGUUGCAACCCUCUUGUUCCUUUAUAUCACCGUUUUGACAGUUAUCGGCUACAAGUCUCAGACAGACCCCAUCCACAGCUCCGACCAAUGUGGUGGCGUCGGAAUCCUCGGAAUCGCUUGGGCCUUCGGUGGCAUGAUAUUCGUCCUCGUUUAUUGCACCGCCGGCAUCUCCGGAGGACACAUUAACCCUGCCGUCACGUUUGGGUUGUUGUUGGCCAGGAAGGUGAGUGUUCCAAGGGCGGUCAUGUACAUUGUGGCUCAAUGCUUGGGUGCCAUCUGUGGUUGUGGUCUUGUGAAGGCUUUCCAAAAGACUUACUAUGAUAAUUACGGUGGUGGUGCCAACGAACUUGCCGAUGGCUACAGCAAAGGCACGGGGUUGGGUGCGGAAAUCAUCGGCACCUUUGUCCUCGUAUACACCGUCUUCUCAGCCACUGAUCCCAAGAGAAAUGCCCGCGAUUCCCAUGUCCCCGUGUUGGCACCUCUCCCUAUUGGAUUUGCUGUGUUCAUGGUUCAUUUAGCCACAAUCCCAAUUACCGGCACCGGAAUCAACCCAGCUCGUAGUUUUGGUGCGGCUGUUAUCUAUGGAAAAGACAAGGCCUGGGAUGAUCAAUGGUUAUUCUGGGUGGGACCAAUGAUCGGAGCCGCCAUUGCCGCCAUCUACCACCAGUAUGUACUGAGAGCAGGAGCAGCGAAAGGACUUGGAUCCUUCAGGAGCAAUGUGUAGGAGAAGGGCACGAAGGUUGCAGAAUAUUCCAAUGCAAUUGUACAAAUUAAGUUGGGUUGGUUUUAUAUAUGGUGUCCCUCUUAUAUCAUGUAUGUUGGUGUUUUGGGCACUUGUUUUUUUGAGUGUGCCACUCUGGUCCCUCGACUUUAUUUUUAUGUCAAUUUAAUCCCUCUGUUUUGUUGUAACCAAUUAAAGGUUACCCAAAUAAUAAAUACGAAGCAUGGCAAGGGAUUUUGUGGUG